GUAAGUCAGUCAUACAUAGCGAUAGUGUGUAUGGGUUUUCAUUGCGUGUGUUUUAGUCAAGUGUAAUGCAAUGGUGUUUGAAACUUUCGUAGUUAUGUUGUGAAUAUUGCAAAAAGUUUGUGACAGCUAGCAACUGCGAUCGUAUAACGAUGAGUUCGUAUUAUAUUGAUCGUAUUGCGUGAUUAAUUAUUCAGUAAAACCGGUUUAUGCGAGUGUGAUACGUUAGUUAGCGGAGAGAAGACUUUGUUUACAAUGGCAUUUUCACUUAAUAAAUUGAAGAACAUUUUGAAUACGAGUCGGGAAGGCCAGCUGGCCGGCAGUGGCAGUUUGGAACCAGAGAUAGGAUUCAAGUUGGCCUUGCAUCCAAUCAGUAAAAAUUUAUAUGUGACCGUUAUCGGCGCCCGGCACCUUCCGUCCUUGUUUGGGUUGAGUCGCGCCCAUGGAUACCUUGUUAAGGUCAAAGUGUUUCCCGGCGACAGUAGAUUCGAAACAACAUUACAGGAGAGUUCUUGGCCGGUGUGGAAUGAGGAUUUUAAAUUUCAAUUAAAACAAAAAGAUGCUAAGAAGGGACAAGAAAAAACUGACCUUCAAAGUUUGCUCGCCGGCCACUUUUUGUCGCUUACCAUUUAUGCUAUAUUAGAGGCUCCAAAACCAGAUACAGACAAACGAAAAAAUAGCAAAACACUAGAUUCGAAAAAAUCUGCCAAGGUCGCGGAACAAGAGGAACCAAAACCUAAGACUGGAUUCUUAGAAAAGACAUUUAGCAGUUUCAAAUCAACGAAAGCCGAGGCGAUAGCACAAAAGUCAAUUCUGGAGAAACGGAGAACAGUGGGAGCGGCUACUUGGAAUUUCGACUCAAAGUUGUUUCAAAAUGAUCUUAAAAAUGGUUUGAUCGGCACUCCAGAUAUUUGGAGACCAAUCAACGCCAUCACGAGUGGCAUCACGGCAGCGGAUUCACGGCGGGAAAACAAGAAGGGCCAGUUGGAAGUUACUCUAUUGUAUACGGCGAGUGAAGACGGGCUGAAUGAUAUAGUGCAGCUGACGGUCAACAGACUGCGAUGCAGUGUGCAGACGAUGCAACAGCAAGAACAAUAUAAGGCUCCUCUGUACCUGAAAGCAACGAUAUUAGAAGCGAACAAAGCUGAAUGCUAUUGGAAAAGCGAUAGAUUUGUUCCCGCAAUAUCAGCCAGAUGGGACCCAAAAUCUGCUACGGUGAAACUAACAGUUUUCAAGGCUAGUUUGAAUAAAGUCAGUAUUUAUAUUAGUCUCGGUUGUAAGACGAAAAUGGCAAAGAAGGAAAUUUUGGGCAAAGCGACGAUAGACGAAAAAUCCGCCUAUGCAGACAGUUGGAACGAGUGCCUGCGACAACCCGGUAUACCAAAAACUUUUUGGGUCAAUUUCGAGUAACGACCCCUAUAUUUCACGAAGAGCAACUAUGACGAACUUAGAUUAAGUCACGAGGGAUCAAC